AAGAUUUGUAUAAAUUGAGCCAUGUUUCCUCAAAAUGAGUAUGAUUGAAAAGAUCUUCCUACCCCAGAGUAUUUAAACUCAUUACAGUAAAGCGUAUAAAAAGUUAUGGUUGGUAUAAUUGCUGACGAAGUCAAGUUCUUUAAGAAGAACAAACAACCCGUGAAGAAGUUACCAGUUAAUCCCGGGGACGUUCCAGAUGAUGAUGCUCAACAUUUGAAGCAUUUCUUACCAAAUUAUGGUAAAGCUUGGUUCAAAGUUCCACAUUUGUUAAAAUUGAAUCUUAUCUUGUUGAUUGUGUCAUUAACAUCAACAAAUACAGGGUAUGACGGUUCAUUGUUGAAUGCUUUCCAAUCUAUCCCAGAUUGGAGAAUGGCUAUGAACAACCCUUCAGGUGCAGUCUUGGGUGCUAUCAACAAUGGUGUUGUUUUUGGUUGUAUUUUAGGGUUCCCUUUUGCCUCACCAAUUGGUGAUAGAUAUGGUAGAAGACAUGCUGUUACUAUUGGAAAUAUUGUAAUGAUUAUUGGUACAGUGAUUCAAAGUUAUAGUCGUGCUUAUGCUAUGUUCCUUGUUGCUCGUAUUAUCAUUGGAUUUGGUAAUUUCAUCUCAUCUGUUUCUUCUCCAUCGUUGAUUUCAGAAUUAUCUUAUCCAACCCAUAGACAAGCAGUUACUGCUUUCUUCAAUUCAAAUUGGUAUUUAGGUGCUAUUAUUGCAGGUUGGGUCUCUUUUGGUACUAGAAAUGUUGGAUCAAAUUGGUCAUGGAGAAUUCCAACCAUUUUACAAGGUUUGUUCCCAGUUAUCCAAUUCUUUUUAAUUUAUUUGGUUCCCGAAUCUCCAAGAUGGUUGAUUUCAAAGGGAAGAAACCAAGAAGCUAGAGAUUUAUUGUUGAAAUAUCAUGCUGGUGGUGAUGAAUCUGUCGGUGGUGCAUUAGUUGAUUUUGAAAUGUCUGAAAUCGAGCUGGCUCUCGAACAAGAAAGACUUGCUAAAAAAAUUGCUGACAAGUCUUCCUAUUUUGAUUUCCUCAAAACUCCUGGUAACAGAAAACGUUUGUUUUUAACAUGUUUUGUUGCUUUCGUUAUGCAACUUUCAGGUAAUGGGUUGGUUUCCUACUAUUUGAAUAAGGUGUUGAACUCUAUUGGUAUCACCUCACCUACAGAGCAAUUGAUCUUCAAUGGAGGUCUUCAAAUUUAUAAUUGGGGUAUAUCGAUUAUUAUUAACUUGUUGGUCUUCCAAAACUUCAGAAGAAGAGUCGUGUUCAAUACAUCUAUUGCGAUGAUGUUGUUUUUCUACAUCAUCUGGACUAUUCUUUCAGCAAUCAAUCAGGAAAGAAACUUUGAAGAUAAGUCUUUGGCCAAAGGUGUUAUGGCUAUGAUCUUUUUAUACUACUUGGCUUACAACAUUGGUCUCAAUGGGCUACCAUAUUUGUACAUGACCGAGAUUUCCACAUACCAACUAAGAAGUAAGCUUAUGAACAUUAACAUUUUUGGUCAACAGGUGGCAGGUGUAUAUAAUGGGUUUGUUAAUUCGAUUGCCAUGGAUGCUAUAGAGUGGAAAUAUUAUAUUGUUUACUGUUGUAUUUUGGCAGUGGAGUUAGUUGUUAGUUACUUGACAUUUGUUGAAACUUCUGGCCGUACUUUAGAAGAAAUGGCUGAGGUGUUUGGUGAAAGCAUUGGUGAUCAUGGUUUUACUUUGGCUCAAAAGAAGAAUGAGGUAAAACAUCUCGAAGACGGUGCUAUGGCAGAUGACAGUGGUAGUGGAACCAGUGCUGAAAAGAGCAACAAUCUUUUAGUUUGA